CCAGCUGACAGAGAUAGACAAGAGCGAGGAGAGAGAGAUAGCAGAGAGGAAUGGUGCUAAGGGGGCAACUUUGUCAAACUGCUUCUCAGGUCACUGCAUGAACUGUAACUGCCAUGAGCAGCUUGGGGAACUUGUGAGUGACUGUCUUUUAACAGAGAGGAUCUUGAGCAUAAAAAAACGAAAAGACAAGAAAACAAAAGCUGUCUACUGCUGACUACUACCCAAGUGCUUGAUGGCUGCCACCCAGGCUGUGCUCCCUUCCUUCAGCUCCUUCUCAAAUGUCUCUGACAUGAACCUGAAGUGUAUUGAAAAUCUCCAGUGAAUAACAACAAAACAUAAAUAAUUGUUAAGCAUCACAUAUGAAUUUGCAUAAUUAAAAAUAAAUGAAACUCAUGUCUUGUGGUACAUAUUAUAUGCAUGGUCACUUGCAACUAAGCUGUGUUUACUAUGAGUUGUGAUAUGAUGCUCUCUAAUUUGACCACAUGGUGUUGGUGGCAGGAAAAUUCACAAUCCAUCCAUCUGUUUGUCCAUUUUCUAUAUUGCUGGUGGGCUGAAGUCUAUCUAGCUGACUUUGACCUCCAUUCAUGGUGUGGACGUGUGAAGGCGGAUCGCCACCUCCGGGCUUCGAGCAGCUGCAUGUCUCCCAGCAGAAGAGUGAGGAGCUUCUUGACGACGACAGCCAGGCUUCCUGGGACAUCGAGCUGCUGCUGUCUGAGUGGAGCGAGCCCUCACCGGACCUCAGCCCUUCCCUGGACUGCAGUGAUGAGAGCUACCAACAACAACUCGACCAAGACACAGUGUACCAAGAGGCAGGCAUGCUUAAGGACCAAAUGGGUCAUGAGCAGAUGGACUGUACUCUCACUGCCGACUUUAUGUCAUCAUUCCAGCAACAAGUGUACCAUCAAGGUUACAGUAAUGAUCCGGCAGGUCGAACGUCAGCUGCCAAUCAUGUUGAAUUUGGUUUCUCCCAGGAAAGACACAGAACAGGGAGCCUUAGUGAGGUGCCGUUAUGGGACUUCAAUACGUAUUAUCCCCCACAGCACCCUUCUUUGGUGGCUUUCCCUGAUGGCAGAUUCAUCCCACUCCAGGCUGCGACCUCCGACCCUCUGCACUACAACUACCCCUCCCACUUUGCCCACAGUGCUAGCCUUUUCUGUGACUACACCCACAGCCAAGCCUCGGGUCGUCUGGCCGUACAGCAACAGAUGGUAAGACCGCAGCUGCCCCCUGGUGGGACGGAGGGGAAACGCGGGCGAAAGUCGACUGGUAAAAAGAAGCCCGCCAUCCACAAUUGUGAAUACCCAGGCUGCAGCAAGACCUACACCAAGAGCUCGCACCUCAAGGCUCACCUCCGCACACACACAGGGGAAAAGCCGUACCAGUGUUCAUGGGAAGGCUGCAGCUGGAAGUUCGCCCGCUCUGAUGAGUUGACACGUCACUACCGCAAGCACACGGGCCAAAAACCCUAUGAAUGUGUGCUCUGUCAGAGAGCCUUCUCCCGUUCUGACCACCUGGCUCUGCAUAUGAAGAGACACACCUGAUGCCCAGGAUGACGUCCACUAGGUCGCCACUCCCAUAGGUACACAUCUUGAAUGAAAUCUAAGAGAGAGGGGUUUUAUCAAAAAUUUUGCCUCUGCAAAGAUAAUAAUGCUCAAUUUUAUUUAACACUGCCAGAGAGGUGUUCAUUUACCAAGAUAUAAACAGUUACUACCAACAGUUUAAACUAUUAAUGCAGGCAAUUAUAAACCAUUUAAAUUUUCAGGCUGCAGGGUUAGGUCAAUUACUUGGUUGUACAACACAAACUAACAAACAAACAAACAAAUUAUAUGAGUCAUUCACACAUCCCAAAAGAUUUGACUGACGUAUUAGUAGUUAAUACUGUAAAUAUACAAUAAACUUAAUCGCAGUUUCAUAUAAUUUCCAAUUCCCCUUACAAGAAUACCCGUCUAAAAAUUGACUUAGUGAUUUGAUUAUGAAAAAAAUGCCCUCAAAGUGCCAGGGUAGCGGCAGCGCUCUCCUAACUAGUUCCACAACCCACUAUAGCUCCUUCCCUCAGUUCAACAUAAUUCGUUAGCGCCCAAAUGGUGCCAAAGCACUACUUUUUGAUUUCAGUUGGCUUGGCUCUAACUUGUGGUACCUAGGGUGUUCCUGAAACAGCAGAUAAUCAGCGAAUAGGUGAGUUUUUCAACAAACAAAUAAGGUUCUCCCUUCAAAAAACUGCAAAUAGGUGAAAUUACAUGUGAAGAAUUGCUUUAUUACUGUUGAUGUAGUUUCCAGAGGUGUAUGAAUUUAUUGCAUAAAAUUGAGAGGCAUUUCUACAACAGCAGUAUUUAGUAGCAUGAAAACUUCAACACCACAGUAAUUUUUUUCACCCAACAUUUUCUAAAUGAAUACUUCCUUGGCAGUGUCAAUCUUAACUUGUUAUUAUUUAGGAAAGGACAAAAUGAUUGAGGUAUGUACAGGUGCAGCUAAUGUGCUAGCCACUUUGUGUGUGCUGUUUAUUUCUUUGUUAUUGAAUGUUAAUCAUUGUCUGGUUGAGCAAACAUACCAAGACAAUGCAAAUGUUUUGCUUUUAAUUUUGUAGUUGCUCAAAUACAUUUUGAUCAUGCUAUUUUCACAUCUUUGUAGGCUUAGCAGAAAUAAUUUAUUAAAUAAUUGUAUCUUUUUUAAUUCAAAUAUUCUUCAAGCUGAUUGUAAAACUAACCACGUUUCCAUCCAAAUCCAUAAACUGGCAAAUUAUUUCUAUCAUGUGAAAAAUGAACAAAGCUCAUAAAUGAUGGCCACUCAGUAAAUGACCCAACAUGAGCAAACACUGUACACAUAUGGUGCAUGUAGACAGUAAGCUUGAACACUAACACAAGACCAACUGAGAGGUAAGUAAGUGUUAAGAUUAGACACAUGAAGGCCACAGUUGAGAUGAUAUCUAUGUUAUAUUUCUCUCAAUUCCUUCCAUUUCCCCUUCCACUACAGUUGUUUGGAUUUUAAUUAUUUGAUUAAUUAUUUAACUCAGGGAUGUGUAGUAUUGCACUUGAAUCCUCGACUGAAGGAAAAAAAGAAAUGCACACUUAAUGUGUAUUUUUUUGUCAAGUGACUGACAUAUUUAUUGUAUUAACAAGUUUUCCUUGCUAGAUAUUAUGAAAGUUUUAUAUUGCUUUUUUACAAUUGCAUGUGCUAAAAAGUAUUGAGUAUUGCUUUCGUGGUCAUAUUCUAAUAAAGACUUUUACCUGAAAUACUA